CAUGGAGAUUGAGCCGGAGAUGUUGGCCAUGGAGACCAUCGUCCCCGUCUACUUUGCCAAGGAAGACGACGAGCUUCUCUCCAUCUACGAGCAGACCCAGACCGCUUCUUCGUCGCAAGGCUCGGCUUCGGCUGCCGAAGUCCUUCUGCACACCGCGACGGCCAACGGCUUCCAGAUGGUAACCAGUGGAGCUCAGAGUAAAGCCGUCAACGAUUGGCUCAUCACAAGUAUAGAAGGGCGGCUGACAGGCCUGGGAGGAGAAGACCUGCCUACCAUCGUCCUAGUUGCUCAUUACGACUCUUUUGGAGUUGCACCGUGGCUGUCCCACGGGGCUGACUCCAACGGCAGUGGGGUUGCGGUACUCUUAGAACUCGCCCGGUUGUUCUCCCGGCUCUACACGUACAAGAGGACCCACGCUGCGUACAACUUGCUGUUCUUCGCAUCCGGAGGCGGCAAGUUUAACUAUCAGGGAACGAAGCGGUGGCUGGAAGACAACCUGGACCACACAGAUUUCAGUCUGCUGCAGGAUAAUGUGGCGUUUGUCCUCUGCCUGGACACUCUGGGGAGAGGGAGCAGCCUCCACCUACACGUCUCAAAGCCCCCAAAGGAAGGGACUCUUCAGCACACCUUUCUGAAGGAGUUGGAACAGGUUGUUGCCCACCAUUUCCCAGAGGUGAGGUUCUCCAUGGUGCACAAGAAGAUCAACCUGGCCGAAGACAUGCUGGCCUGGGAGCACGAACGCUUUGCCAUCCGCCGCCUCCCGGCCUUCACGGUCUCCCACCUGGAGAGCCACCGCGAAGGCCUGCGCAACAGCAUCAUGGACGUCAGGCCACGGGUGAACCUCCGGAUCCUGACCCGCAACACCCGGAUCAUUGUAGAAGCUCUGACGAGGGUGAUCUACAACUUGACAGAGAAGGGUGUGCCUGCUGACCUCCAGAUUUUCACGGAACAUAUGAUUCAGCAGGAGCAGAUGGAGUCGGUGAUGGACUGGCUCAGCAGUCAACCAAGGGCUGCCCAGCUGGUGGACAAAGACAGCACGUUCAUCAACACCUUGGAAUACUACAUGAGCCGCUACCUGAAAGACGUCAAACAGCAUUACGUGAAGGCAGACAAGCGGGAUCCUGAGUUUGUUUUCUACGACCAGCUGAAGCAAGUCAUGAAUGCAUAUAGGGUCAAGCCGGCCAUCUUCGACCUCCUGCUGGCUCUCUGCAUAGCAGCCUACCUUGGUGUGGCUUACGUCGCUGUCCAGCAUUUUGGCCUCCUUUAUAAGCUGGUCCAAAGGCUCUCUCGGAAGUCCAAACAGCAAUAAAACAACAGCACAGAAAUCUUCUGGUGUCCUUCCUUCCUUCCUCCACUGGAUCCUGCUUCUCUCCUUCUUCCUGCUCUUCUCUCCUACACCGGGGCAGGAAUGCAAAAGCACGAGAUGGUAAA